GUUACGGCUGAACAGAGUAUUAGACUAUAUCAGUAACUUCUUCUCACGCUCAUCAGUCCAGUGUGGUUGGUGUGCGUAACCCUGUUUGGUCUCUCCUUCGUCACUCACUGUCACGACGACGGUCACCUUCGCUGAAGACGCCGUAACAAGCGUCACAUCCAAGGCUCAGUCACAUCCGGACAAUGCAUGCUAUGGACCCAGGGGCUCAUCAUAAUCCAUCACAGAGCACCCUCACACCAGUUUCAUCUGCCCGUAGACGUUCGCGAGAAAAUGAGACGCCCCAACAAAGGCAAAAACGAGAGAAGGCUGCGGAGCGGCAGCGCAGGAAACGCGAGCGUGAUCGUACUGUCAAUAACAUCAAUGCAAUAAUGGCAUUUACACAACCCACGGAUGCCCAGGCUCUUCCCCAGCCUCAGCCAUCUCAGCCACCCACUCCGACUUUUACCGGUCAAGAAAUGACGCCUGAGGAACUUUCUAGGCGCGAAAGAGUCAGGGCCGCUGCCCGAGAACGGCAACGUAAACACCGGAGUCUUGUUAAGCAGCGGAAGAUGCGGGAAUUGGGACUGGAUAUGCCCAAUGAUAUGAUGCAGGGGAUGGAAGAGUACAGAGUAAACGGAGACGGCCAGUAUCAGCAGGUUCUUCCCCAUGAGAUGUCGCACCAACCGCAUCCAAUGAACCCGCAAGACCCGUCCUUCCCUCAAGCACCACCUCCACAGCUUACCGGCGGACAAAAUUUUGCUUCAACGUUACUCCUAUCUUUUUCAUGUGCACCCCUUCUCAAACAACAUCUUCUAAGGACGUUGGCGAUCACGAGCGAGGAACUUGCUUCCUUGGAACCUGUCAUAGCAGAAGCCUUUGAUCAAUGGGAUCAUCAACGUCGCAUGCACUACGCCCAACAAGCUGCAGCCAAAGCUGCAGACGGCUCUAUUCCGGGACCAUCGGCUGCCCCAUUUCCAAAUGUUGAUAUGGCCGACCCUGGUAGCAGUGGGUUUGGGGAACCUCCUCAGCCCCACCCGAGUGAGUUCCGUGCUCGAUUCCAUCGCCCUUUGGUGGCACCGUCCCCUUUCCGCAAUUUUAAUCCGGAUACUUCUACAACUGCUACGACUUCUACGCCAACUUCAACCACGACGUCUGGACCUCCGUCAGACCCGAUAGAUCCAGCUCUCAGCGCCGUGGUGACACCUGCUGACACCAGACAAAAGAGUGUGACAGCUGUGGAUCCGGACUUUGGACAGGCUAAAGGAGAGGCGGAAGGGGUGGCAGGAAGGUUGGAGAGGUCGUGAUCACAUACACACAUGUAGCCUUUUAUCGCAUUUCCUAUCCCUCACAUACUUAUACUAGCAUCGCACCAUAACUGUACUGGCCUCUUUGAUGCCGUAGUAUUCUUGUCUCGGUGCCUGACAGUAUCAUGUGUCUCCAUAAUUCGGAGAGCACACUUAUUUAAAAGUUUGAGCGGUCU